AGAGGGAAAAAAAACACUCGAACGACAUGUUUGGGAAUCUUUUCGAGGAAGAGGAGGAGGGCAGCUUCUCCUCCUCUACCUCCAGGGGAAGAGUUUCAAAGGGGGGAGACGAGCCACCUCCACCCCGAGGAAGAAGCAAUCUGUGCGGCAUCAAGAACCAGGGAGGGACCUGCUACCUCAACUCUCUGCUCCAGACCCUGCUGUUCACCCCAGAGUUCAGAGAGGAGCUGUUCAAUUUGGGGCCAGAAGAAUUAGGAUGUCUGGAAGACAAAGAGAAACCAGGGGCCAAAGUCAGAGUGAUCCCGCUGGAGCUCCAGAGACUGUUCACCCGCCUGUUACUGGUGGACCAGCAGAGCGCCACCACCGCUGACCUCACUGACAGCUUCGGCUGGAACAGCAGUGAGGGGACAAAUCAGCAUGAUGUGCAGGAGCUGAACAGGAUUCUGUUCAGUGCUUUGGAGCACUCUCUUGUGGACACCAGUGGUAGCACAUUUAUCCACCGCCUGUACCAUGGGACCAUUGUCAACAGCAUUGUCUGCAAGGAGUGUGGAAAUGUCAGCCAGAGACAGGAGGACUUCCUGGACCUGACGGUGUGUGUCUGUGGUGUGUCUAGCCUGGAGGAGGCUUUGUGGAACAUGUUUGUGGAGGAAGAGUUGUUUGAGGGCAAUAACCUGUAUCGCUGUGCACAGUGUGACAGACUAGUCCCCGCUGCCAAGUCUGCCAAGCUGAGAAAACUCCCUCCAUUCAUGACCAUCUCUCUGCUGAGAUUCAGCUUUGAUUUUGCCAAAUGUGAGCGUUACAAGGAGACAAGACGCUACGGUUUCCCCCUCACCAUCAACCUGAGGCCAUUCUGUGAACAGACUGAUGGAGAUGACUGUGAUUAUUCCUAUGAGCUGUUCUCUGUGAUUAUCCAUAAGGGCGGCUGCUAUGGCGGCCAUUACCACGUUUACAUCAGGGACAUUGACCAGCUUGGCCAAUGGGAGCCACCGGAGGAGGACUGCAAACCUAAGACGCAGAAGAAAGUCAAGGAGGAAGUGAAAGAACUGUGUGAGCCAAAACUAAAAGACGAUGACCCUUUAUCUGUCCUCACUACCAUUAUUGCUCAGGAGUCAUCAAAGAGUGUCCUGUUGGACCAACUGGGCCAGAAACUCAUGGAUAAGAUUGGUUCAUCCUGGAGCAAAAGGUUUAGAAAGCAAUAUGGUCCUAUAGGAAAGUUCCUGCAAUCCCACAAUGAUGUUUUCUUGUUGGUGUCCAAUGGUACUCGAGUGGCACUGAAGGCAAAUCCGCCAAGCCCUGUGACUGAACCACCUGGCCCAGCAGAGCAGACCAGUAACUCUGAUCCUUCAGGAGCUCCAGACCAAGAAGCUGCUGAAGAACAGCAGGGACUAGACCAGAAACCAGAGCCUGAACUAGAGCAGGGUAGCCACUGGUUUGACCUUAAUGACUCCACCGUGACCUCCAUCAGGGAGUCUGACAUAGAGAAGCAGUUUCAGGGCAAAGAGAGUGCCUACAUGCUGUUCUACAGAAAAACACAGCUGCACAGGCCCAUUGAAGCUCAGAAUAAUCCCCAAUAUAAAGUUCCUCAUCAUCUCAUCCAGUUGGCUCAGGAGGAGAACAUCAGACUGCAGCAGAUGCGUGAGGAGUGUGAGGCCACUAAUAACACAGUGGAGCUGCGCCUGCACCUAGCACCCAGUUACAGGCUAGAAAAUGGAGCACUGCAGCCUGACCGCAAAGAGCCCACGGAGAGCACCCCCCUCAGCUUUGAUCGUAGAAAGACUGUGGGAGACCUGCGAUUAACUAUUUAUCAGAUGCAAGAACUCUGGGAAGGAGACAUGGCUCUGACUGUGGCCAAGAGUCUUCCAGCAGGUCUACACCUCUACAAUACUCUUACAGAUGACAAUGUCUCGCUGUACAGUGCAGGCAUCCACACAAACUCUGACCUGUUUGUGUGGAACGGCAGAGAGGUGUGUGGUGUGAGUGUCCUAACUGGAGCCGAAUGGGAGCCAGUGCUGCUCAAUGUAGUCCGUCCCUUUUUGGGGGAAGAUGGAGAGCAGGAGGUGGAGGGUGAGGAGAGUAGAGGUGGUUUUGAAAAUGGAGGGCCAGGGCUUAAAAAGGAAGCAAGAGGGUUUGCAGGUGGUGCGACUCUCUGGGAUGUUAGGGAGGCCCUUGGAGAGCCCAAAGAGAGUCUGCUGUGUCAGGAGCAUAAGGGAGGAAAGAAAGAGAGACAAGAGCAGGGGGCAGGCGAGGGAGGAGGGUCAAGUGGAUGGAGGGUGUUUCCCCCCGAUGACAUGCAGCGGACACUGAAGGAGCUGUCACUGAAAGAUGGAGAUGCACUGUUGGUGCUGGAGCCGCAGUUGUUCGACAGCAGCAUGUUCACUCUAAAUGGUGAUGUGGUCACCGUGACUACACCGUCAGACUGUCGCUGGCUCCAGGUAGAGUUUCGACCACAUGGAGGAGGAGGAGGAGGAGAGAAAGAGGAGGAGAGGAGGAAAAUCAAGGUUCCAGCUACAGGAAAUAUGCUGCUGUGGGAGGUGAAACACAGGGCCAUAGAGGAGCUGCAGUUACAGGAGCAGCUCUCAGGUGCACAGUACUGUCUGAGACAGAUGGACUGCACAGGGAAACUCCUUCCUCCAGUGUGUGAGGAGCUGAGUGUUCGGGACUCAGGGGUGCGACUCAUGACCACAUUGACUCUCUGUCCGGGUAAAGCCCCCAAGGCAUCACAGCUUUUCUUGCUCUUCUCUGUGGGCGCAGCACCCUCUGCUGGCAUGGAAAUGGACAUAAUAGUAGAGAAGACUUGUACUGUAAAAGAAUGUUUAAAGGCAAUGCUGGAUGCUGUUGGACUUGAUGGCACCUGUUGGCACUUGAGAAGGCUUGAUUGGUGUGAAGAGGUUGGAGAGCCACUCAUGGAUGAGGAUGCUUCCUUGUCAGAGCUGAAAAUAAGCAACGGAGAGACAUUAGUUGUCACAGAAGGACAACUUCCUCCGAAGGGUUUUCUCAAGCUAUCUGUAUGGCUGUAUCUGGAUCCCAGAAUCACCUCAACAGUUUCCAUGGAAACUGAUUUUAACCACACUGACUACAGUCUCGCUGAGGAGCAGAUGAUGCUGGAGGCAGCUGCAAGUGAAAACCACAAUCGCUCGUCUGGUCUGUGUGGCGGCAACAUGGCAGAGCUGAGAAGUGUAGGACAGGUGGAGAUAUCAGAUGAAGUCAGCUUGGAGGAUCUCAAGACUCAGGUGUUGACGCUGCCAUCUCUUCAGGAUGUGUGUCUGCCAACCACCGCAUUCAUGCGUGUGUGGCAGCUGGAGGGACGCAGGCUGGCACGAAUCCUUAGAGGACAACAACUCACACUCAGGAAAUUGAAGCUAACUAGUGGCACAGACCUUUGUGUGCAACAGCUACUGAGAGAGGAAGAUCUUGGCCCUAAGGAGGUGUUGCUGAAUGUUAAGAUGGGAGUACCCGGGGAGAGGUGUUACUACCCUCCAGAGGAGUUGGUGUGGGAUGCAUCCCGAGACUCUUCCACUCGCUCCCUACGCACUUGUCUGGCUGCACAUUACGGCCUCUCUCCUGAUUCUCUGCUGUUGGCCAAACACCAGCCCGACAAACACACCUGGGAAGAAAUGUCCAGCUGGAACCAGCAGGUUUCCAAAAAGAAAAAGAAAAAAAAGGCAGAAUCACUACUGGGAGCACCAUUUCACCUCAAAGAUGGUGACACAGUUGGCAUCAAGAAUCUUUUGAUAGACAAUAACAGGGACUUCUACACCCUGGAAGAUGAACUGGGCCAGCAGAGGCUCAGAGAGCAGGCAGAGCAACGAAGGAAAGGAGAGCAGGCUGCAGGCUCCGAUGGUGCUGGAUCACAGAAGAAGGCGGGAGCGACCAAAUCUAGGAAACCAGAGGUGGGGCUGUCAAUCAAUGUUGGAGUAUUCAGAUAGCACCUGGCUAACAUGGGUGCAUGGACACAUCAGAGCUACCUAUAAAACUACAAAUGCACACACUGACAGUAAGAUUCCAUGUUGCAAUUAGGACAAUCUGCUUGACAUCAGUCUUGUGCCAUUUUUUUCCUGCAUACUGUAUUUCUCCAUAAAUCUCUCAAGCCUGACUAAAGUCAACCCCUGAAUUCAUUCCUGUUUCUAAUCUGUCUGACUUUGUUGUCGGCAGAGGAAGAGAAGGAAUUAACUCCUUGGCACUUAGAUUUGCUAUUGUAAAUAGUGACUGUAAUUUGCAUUAUGUCUAUGCAAUAUUACCGGAUAUGUUAUUAGAUGACUCUACAAGCUUUCCGAAUUUCACAUAUUUUUACACAUAUGCAUUAUUUAAUUUAAUUUCUGUUUAGCCACCCUUAUUUUUUUGAUUUUCUGAGGGAUAUUUGAAGACAAUGUGACCUUCAUGAAAACUUUUUUUUUUUUUUGCUGCAUGAAAUUGGUAACUAAAUACUGCUGCAAGUAUCAGCCCAGAGAAAGCCAUUUCUGCAAGUGUGCUUUUUACUAUUACAAGCCUGUAGUAAGUAGCACACUGAAGCUUGUGCUAACUGGAGUUUCUAUCUCAUAUACUGUUGUGUAUAAACUGUAGUAAUCAGGGUGAAACAUUUAUAUUUGCAGCCACCAGACAAUGGCUUGAAAUCUGUGCUUUUCUACAACAGCUUCUUCAACUCAGUUGGGAAUAAACAAUUAACCUGAUAUUGUCGCCCAUCAGGUUGUAAGUAAUUUUUAUAAUCCACUUGUCACUGCGCUGUGAACAAACACGUUUUUCUGGACUUUGUAGACAAUUUUAGGUAGAUUUUAGGCUAAUAAGGGAGAGGAGAGAUAGGCCUUAACAUGGAGAAGCCUCAACGCUGCUCUGUCCUCCCUACCUCACUCUCUACCUCUCUCACUCUACCUCUACUGCCCUGUCUGUUUUUUUUUUCCUAACCCAAACUGUUAAAGCCAGUCAACUAUGGUUUAAGAAUUUCAGCAGCACAUUGUUUGAUGUUUUGUGUGAAACUACACAUCAAUUGUAGAUUAAGAAUGAAGUCUGAUUUACUUUAAGUCAUAUUGGAUAACUGCCUUUUUAUUACUGACAUAAUCCACCAUCUUCAGAGCUGGACAUUAAUGUAGACUGCUUUCACUUUAACCUCGACGACGAAAACGAAGCCAGAUGAAUUUGCUGUUCACCCCCUCACCCCCCUCUACGGAAAUAUACUGUAAAACAUAUUCAACAGCUUUCUGUCAUUUCUCUCCUUGAUUAUAAAUAAAGAUCCCUGAUUUGCUACUUGAGUUUACAUCAUGAAACAUUUUAUGUCAUUUGCAUGCACUGUGUGAGAACUUCAGGGAAUUAAAAAUGGUUCUUUAGAUAAAUUAUUUGGGAAACUUGACAAAAUUGUGUUAUGAAUUGUUUUUUCUUUUGUUUUGUUUUUUUAAUGAAGGGUUGGGAUUUGAUUGUUUUGAUUUUCUAUGCUGCUUUAUGUAUCAUUGUCUGGCCUUAAUCAGUGCCAAGAAUUUUCAAGUGGACAUUUAAUCUUUUUUCUUUUUUUUUUUUUUUUAGUAGAUUCAGGAAAAUAGUUUUGACAGUCUACCUAUUAGGAGUAGAAGCAUUUCAUUUUGUAUAAUGUGGUGUCAUUUACUAGUGUUAUUGAUUACAUCAGUGUUAUAAGAACUGACCUACUGUAACAGAUCAUAUUGCAAAAUGUUCAAUUGUAUCUGCAGAAAGUAUUUUAUCAAUAAUAAAUGUAUG